GUCGACCACACGUUCCUGAUUUCAUUUAAAUUGAUGUCCCAGCAAAUAAAAUAUUUACAAUACAUAUUGUGGUAAAAUUUUGUGUACUACAUAAAAACCAGUGCUUCUGAAGUGGUUCCGAAUAAUUAGUGUUGUUAAUAUAUACAUAAAUUUGUAUGGUAAAUGAUUACCUGUGAAAGUGAUUACGCUUAAUAACGGUUAACACUAAUCAAUACCUUGAAGAUAACGUGAAUUUAUGCGGACAUGCUGAAAUUAUAUCGUACCGUUUGCGCAAAUAAAUUGUUUAACUUAAUGAUCUUCAAGGACGGAAUAAAGAAGGUUCUAGUGUGGAUGUAAAAAACCAAAUGGCUCACUCUGACUUGGCUGCUUCGCAGGCGACCACUGCCGAGCAGGAUCAUGGAACCACGUCCAGCAGCGGUCAUGUUCCCAAGCAAACGUUGUCCAGCAUAUAUCCACUUGGACCGCCAAGAAAUUCACAAACUCAGGCCACGACGAUGGCUCUGGAGCAAUACCGCCUGCAGCUGUACAACUACGCCCUAAACAUUGAACGCUUUCGAUGCCCCCAAUACGCCGCAGGAGGCGGUGGUGGCACAAGUACUCCGUGGCUGCACUUAAGCCCUUACGGACACCAUGGCUCGGGCAACAUUCCAGCUGUCAACCGAAUGGCCGCACUGUCAACCAUUUCCCUCUUCCCCCAAACGCAACGCAUUUUUCAACCCGAGGAGCCCAAGCCGCAACACAGCUACAUUGGGCUCAUUGCCAUGGCCAUUUUGAGCUCAACUGAAAUGAAGUUGGUCCUCUCAGACAUUUACCAAUACAUUUUGGAUAAUUAUCCGUAUUUUAGAAGCCGAGGCCCGGGCUGGAGGAACUCCAUCAGGCACAACCUCUCACUUAAUGAUUGUUUUAUCAAAUCUGGCCGCAGUGCAAAUGGCAAGGGCCAUUAUUGGGCAAUACAUCCGGCAAACAUGGAUGAUUUUCGCAAAGGAGACUUCAGACGUCGAAAGGCCCAGCGCAAAGUCCGAAAGCACAUGGGUCUGUCAGUGGACGAUGCCAGUACUGACUCGCCCAGUCCGCCCCCCUUGGAUCUCACCACUCCACCUCCGCCCAGCUCUCAGUCAGCCAUGCAACUUUCGGCGUUGGGAUAUCCGUAUCACCAACAGUACAUAGGCCAGUUCUUUAAUCGGGGCUCAGCACACGGUAUGCCACAGUACCCCUCCGCAGACCCAGUCACAGCAAUGCAGCGACAACAGCCCAGCCAGCUGGACCAGGUAGUACAACCGGCUCAGGCCCAGCAGCCACAUGCCCAGCAUCAGCACAUUGCCUACAUCAACUCCACCACGACAACAACCAUUGCGAACAUGUUUUCGCAGACUCGGAAGCGUCAGUUUGACGUGGCUUCGCUCCUGGCACCCGAUGUCCAGAUUGUUGACAUUGUCUCCGAAGAUCAGGAUUCCUUAGUUAGGCCAGCGACAACGGCACGGACGACGACACAAACCCACACGGUCAUAACAAAGCAAACUAUACAUCGUGAGGUUGUUUUGGGAUUGGAACAACCUGUGACCGAUGCCGACAUUGACACCGACAUUGAUGUCGAAGUUAACGUGGAUGUGGUAGACGAAAGUAUCAAUCCUGAUCCUGAUCACUAUCCGGAUGCGAAUGCAGAUCCAGAAGCGGAUGACCAGGAAAAGAGCAGAGGAACUAUAAAGCAACUGUUUUCUGUUGAGGACAAUAACUCGUACCUAAGCGAUGGCAGGCUGUCUUCACUCGAAGCCGACCCCGAUCAUGAUCCCGAAGAUCUUGACCAGCACCACUACUCCAUUUCCAGCUCGGCAGCCAGGUCCUUGGGCAGCAGCAGCAGCCAACACGAAGAGUCCAGCUCAUUAGAGGAAUGUCCCAUGGCAGAGCCCACUGUUGCUCCCAGAUCUGCACUCAUCUCGCCCAUUCCUUCUGCGAUCCCAUCCACUCUGUCAGUUGCCAUUCCAAACGCAUACAUCGAGCUCAACCAUGUUGAUCCUCACAUGCUCAGUAGAUACUAUGGGACGUACAUGGCCGCAGCUGCGCGUCGGGCUAAUAUGGAGGCAUCUAAGACUGCAAGAUCGACUUCUAUUACUCCACCUCCAAAAACCAAAAUAGUCUCACAGAAGCAUUAGAUCCAUUCUGAUAAGCAACUAACAUUGUUGGAAUGUGCGAGACCAAUGUCCGUAUAUAUAUUUCGAAAACUGAUGUCCCACCCUGCAAUACAAAUACAUACCUAAAUCGAUAUUUAUAAAAUAGGGUUCAUUCAAUGCAGUUUUAUAUACUUUAACGAACGUAAAUAAAUGUUAAAUUAUUGUUAAACUUCGUAGGUCGCAAAAUAAAUUUAGUGACUUAAUAAAAUUUAGUACUGUAAAUCUCACUCAUCCCGAUAAUCAAUCAAUAAAGCCCAAUUUUCAGAAUGGUCA